AUGUCCGAUCGCAAAACGACACUUCCACCUCAUGCACCACCUACUGAGAGCACGCGUGGGGGCCUUCACCACCCAACGCUUCAUGAAAUCCAGACAGAUUCGAUAUCUUCUUUAGCCAGAACGUACUGGACAAGCAAGGAACCGUCUGAGAGAGAAUGGCUACCCGUCAUUGUCGAGCAAAUAUACUGCGAAGAAUUGGAAAAUAAACGAUUUGAGACCAGAAAACUAAUGUUACUUGAAUUCAGUCAAUACUUGGAGAAGUAUUUAUGGCCUAAUUACAAUGCUGACAAUGCCACACUAGCACACGUAUUAUCGAUCGUAUUGAUGGUCAUCGAAAAGUUCAGAGAACGAGUAGCUGCUUGGGAUAUCUUUGUUCAGCUACCAGACGAAUUUCCUAAAUUUUUCAAUCGAGUACUGCACCUAGCCAUAGCACCGGUUGAGGAGAUAUCACUGCAAAUGAAGAGGUUUCUACUGAUCUUUUUAAUUCACGCAUUUCAAAGUUUAGAGAAUCCAUUGGUGAGGGUAGAGUGUAUGAGGGUUGUGUCAGUGUCGAUAUGGCAUUGUUUCGCUAUGUCAUCACGCCGAGAACAGGAGUUCAAAUUACAUAGUCAUUUACGUAAAGUUUGGAAAAGAUCAACGAAGAAAUUAGAGGAAGCAGUCUCGGACGAUGCGCUUGCAUAUUGUGAGAGGUUCAUCGAGUUUAUGAUUGACCUAGAAGCACAAUUGCCGACAAGAAGAUAUUUCAAUGCGUUACUGGAUGAUCAUCAGCUUAUCGUACUAUGUACAUUGUCCCCGUUGAUGAAACGCAAAGAGGGAAACGAAUUAUUUAAGCAGUUAUUGGAGAUAUUGAAGUUUUAUGCUGGAUUUGAGAUACAUGAUCACACUGGUUUGGCAUUAACAGACGAUGAAAUGACGGAGCUGCAUUGCAAAAAGCUAACCAAUUUACAGCAUAUUGCUUUCCAACACUUUGGUGAUAAAUUAAAACUAUUGGCAUUGGCAAACUUGUCCUCAAUUGAGCGGCGACCGGAUCUCUAUAGGCACUUCAAUGCUAUAGAUCAUCCAGAAAUCAUCAAGCUCUGUGAACUUCUAAAUAUAAGAACAACGAGGCUGAACGAUAAUAGUCCAUACGAUAAGGAUUUUCUCAUAGAAGUAUUAAUUGGAAGGUUUGAGAAGCGAACGAGUCAAAUAGACGCGAUAAAUGCCAUGCCUUUAUAUCCGGAUGAAAACGCGCUAUUUGACGAUGCAGUAGUGAAAACACAGUUCUAUUCCGGAGAGACUCCGUUAGCACUUCCUAAGCUCAACCUUCAAUUCCUUACGCUUCAUGACUAUCUAUUAAGGAAUUUUAACCUGUUUCGACUGGAGAGUACGUAUGAAAUCAGACAAGAUGUGGAAGAUGUUGUCAAAAGAUUAGCACCGAGAAUCAGCUAUCCUUCAUAUGAAACGGAAUUCAGCGGAUGGGCACGCAUGGCGGUAGAGAUUGAGAGAUUCAGCAUUGUCGAAGUUGCAAAGCCUAAUCUUGGGGAAUCGAAACCGUCCCAAGUUAAAGCGGAUAUUACAUUUAACAUAGGUCGAUAUACAGAAUCGAUACGAAACGAAUGGGACUCCUUGAAACAACACGACGUGCUUUUUUUACUAACGAUUCAAGCUCACGAACAAACCGGCGAGAAAUACCAGGAUGAUAUGCCUUUCAGAUCACAUUUUGGGCUGAAGUAUGUACGCGGUUGUGAGAUUAGCGCUAUCAUCGGUGAUGAUGGUAAACCUAUUGAUGAAGUAGGAAAGCCACGCGUGGAAGAUCGACGGCCCAAGAUUAGUGGAAAUCACCGAACAAUACGCGUCCUACUUGACACUAACCAAUACCAGAUUGAUAUAAGUAACUAUUCAAUGAAAAAGGAAGAAGAUGUUUAUGAGACAUUUAACGUGCUCAUGAGACGCAAACCUAAAGAAAAUAAUUUCAAGGCUGUCUUAGAGACGAUUCGUGACCUUAUGCAAAGUGAACUUGUGGUUCCUGAAUGGCUGCAUAACAUAUUUCUUGGUUAUGGUGACCCUGGGAGUGCUCAUUAUACGUGGAUGCCUAGUUUACCAAAAGAAAUAGACUUUCAUGACACUUUUCUGGAUUAUAACCAUUUGAAAGAGAGCUUCCCAGGAAUGAUGAUUACACCGGCAGAAGGGUUUACCGAACCAAUACCUCCUUACGUUCUUCGCUUUCCAGAUGUCUCCGAAUCUUUACCUCCCGUAAGAGGAAAAGCCGGAGAACGUGGUAAUAGGUCUGAGAUGAAAUUAGACCAGAAGAUAAUAACGAGAACGUAUACAUUGCCUAACAUGGGGCCAUAUCCCUUCAACCAACCAAGAAAGAACAUAAUAAAAUUCACGCCAGUACAAGUGGAGGCCAUUCGCGCAGGGACAAACCCCGGCCUCACAAUGGUAGUCGGUCCACCUGGUACAGGGAAGACGGAUGUCGCAGUACAGAUAAUUGCCAAUUUAUAUCGCAAUUUUCCCGAUCAGCAUACCUUACUAGUAACACACAGCAACCAGGCAUUGAAUCAAUUAUUCGAAAAGAUAAUGGCACUUGAUGUUGAUGAACGUCAUUUGUUGCGUCUGGGACAUGGUGAAGAGGAGCUUAAUACAGAAUUGAGUUUCAGUAAAUACGGACGUGUGAAUUCUUUUUUGGAAAAACGCUUGGCGUUGCUGGAAGAGGUAGACAGGCUUGCUAAAUCUUUAGACAUCGGUGGUGAACAUGGCUAUACAUGUGAGACAGCCGGAUACUUUUAUUUGUAUCAUAUAUUAUCUCGUUGGGAACCCUACAUUGAUAAAGUUCGGCAGGGCCUCGAAAGUGGGAAUGGCAAAGUCGAAAUGAUACGUGAUGAGUUCCCUUUCAUGGCGUAUUUCGCCAAUGCACCUCAACCGCUAUUCCCCCCUGAUGCUAAUUAUAGCGAAACGGUAGAGAUUGCAGAGGGAUGCUUUCGGCAUCUAGAGAAAAUCUUUACGGAAUUAGAGGAAAUUCGUGGAUUUGAAUUGUUACGGACUAGCUACGAUCGAGCAAAUUAUCUCUUGACUAAAGAGGCCAAGAUCAUUGCCAUGACCUGUACACAUGCUGCCCUGAAGCGUCGUGAACUAGCGUCAUUAGGCUUCAAAUACGACAACGUGGUAAUGGAAGAAGCUGCACAAAUUCUUGAAGUCGAAACGUUCAUACCUUUGUUACUUCAAGAUCCUGAAGAUGGGCGAAGUCGAUUAAAAAGGGUAAUUCUAAUAGGAGACCAUAAUCAAUUGCCUCCCGUCGUAAAAAACAUGGCAUUUCAACAAUAUGGGAACAUGGAACAAAGUUUGUUCACACGUUUUGUGCGCCUCGGUGUUCCAACUGUCGAUCUAGAUGCUCAAGGCCGUGCUAGACCGCCGAUAGCAAAGUUGUAUAAUUGGCGAUAUAAGAAUCUCGGUGAUCUUCCGGUCAUCACAAAACAAGAAGAAUAUCAACGAGCAAAUGCAGGCUUUACCUAUGAAUAUCAGUUGAUUAAUGUUGGAAAUUAUAUGGGAAAGGGUGAGACAGAACCAGUGCCAUAUUUCUAUCAGAACCUCGGUGAAGCCGAAUUCAUUGUCGCCGUAUAUCAAUAUAUGCGAUUGCUAGGAUAUCCAGCUGAGAAGAUCUCGAUACUUACCACUUACAAUGGCCAAAAAGCAUUAAUCCGGGAUGUUCUGAACAAAAGGUGUUCGUGGAAUCCAUUAUUUGGCCGUCCUGCCAAAGUGGCCACUGUAGAUAAAUUUCAGGGACAACAGAACGAUUAUAUAUUGCUGUCUCUUGUUCGCACGCGUUCUGUUGGCCAUAUUCGGGACGUAAGACGUCUGAUAGUGGCUAUGUCACGCGCUCGUUUGGGCUUAUAUGUAUUCUGUCGGCGUGCAUUGUUUGAGAACUGCUAUGAACUUACGCCAACACUCAAUCAGUUACUGCAACGACCGGAUAAGCUCAUGUUGGAACUUAACGAGAUGUGGCCUUCGCAAAGAGAUGUUGAAAAUCACGAUCAACCUUUCACAAUCGAUAGCGUCGAGCAUAUCGGUCAGUAUGUAUAUCAGAUGAUGAAAGAACAAUUAGAUUAUGCUAAGCAGCAGAAAACAGAAUUAGAACAAGGAAUGGUCGUGUCUUGA